AUGCCCUUGUUUUGGGUCGCCAGUCUCGACCACUUCUCGAGUGAGCCGGCUCAGUUGCAUCAUGGUCGCUAUCUGGUCCUGGCGUGUGCAUUUCAGCGAGAGCAACCAGGCGCUGUGUCCACUGCAGGUACUGGUGGUUCCGGCGAGUCAACAGCCUCUUCCAGCGCAGAGCGGCCCAUGCUACAGGUCACCAGUCUGUGCCCGAGUGCUGGCAAAGACGACAAGGCACGCUACGAGCCAAAGGGUAUGGUGGUCUUGUCGAUUGAUAUGUCGUGGCGUAUGGUUGCACAACCCUUAGGCCUCAUCCGUAGCUCGGCGCCGCCGCAGAAAAGUGAAGCUGGCGUGACAGCGCACCGUACCUACAUGGAUAGCUGUAACCAAGGAUGGCAAACGUGCAGUGCCAUUGCCAUGGCCAUCUACAUGGCCGCUGGUUGUCGACAGGCAGGCCAGUAUGGAUACAAGAUAGUUGUGUCAGCAUAG